AAAUCUUGCUUUGUCUGCCUUUGCUCCAGCUCGUCUGUUUGACAGCUACUUCCACUCCUUACAACGGAAAAUAAGCCAGUCUUUUUUCCCCAAUCGGCUUGACGUCGACUUACACUCUCUGAAUCUCUUUUUAUAUAAAACGCGGAAUCGACUUUCGCCCAUCUCACGAACAAUAUCAAAAAAAAAAAAAACCAACACCACACGACCAAUCAUCAAGAUGAAGUCCGCUGCCGUUGCUGCUUUUGGCCUUUUCGCCGGCCUGGCCUCUGCCAGCUCUCCCAUCCGCCACCUGCACUUCCCCAGGUCCAACACCACCACCGCUGCUGUUGACGAUGCUGCUGCCACCACGUUGACCGUCAUCGCCACCUCGGUUCACACCGUCAUCAGCUGUGCUCCCACCGUCACCAACUGCCCGGCUCACCUCAACUCCACCGGCGCCGGCAGCCUGCCCGAGUCGGCCAAGACCACCGUGGUUGUCACCGACACCAUUGUUCUGGCCACCACCGUCUGCCCCAUUGCCGAGGCUUCGAGCAUCUCGUCCUCUCUCCAGGCCGCUCACUCCUCCGGCAUCAUCACCGGCUCAACCAUCAAGGCUACUCCUCCCGCGGUCACUCCCCCACCCAAUGCUGGUGUCUCUGUCACCGAUGUUGUCACCGACAAGACCCUGACUUACACCAUUGGCAAGGGAACCGAUGCCUCUGUCGUCACCACCACCAUCCAGGCUACCACCAAGAAGACCAUCACCCUCACCAGCACUCUCGGCAACGGUGAGAACGGCCCUGAACCUACCACCACCACCACUGCCACCACUACUGACACGACCUACAUCACAGUCCAGCCGGUUCAGACCGCCGGUGGCAGCUCUGGUUCCAACACUGGUGGCAACGCUCCUCCUGCUAACAACGAGGGUUCUUGCGCCAGCGCCACCGUCACCGUCACCGUCGCCAAGGAGACUGUCACUGUCCCCGCCUCGACCGUCUACGUCACCAUUGCUCCCAGCUCUUGUGACUCUGGCUCUGCUCCCGCAGUCACUGACAAGUCCACUGACAACAGCGGCUCCGGCAGCUCUGGCACCGACACUGGCUCCAACUCUGGCUCUGGCAGCUCUGGCUCUGGCUCUGAGGGCAGCGGUAACAACGGCUCUGGCGACUCUGCCACUGCCGUUACCACCACUCCUUGCCCCACUGACAUCACCACCACCGUCCGUGCUACUGUCACUGUCCAGCCUUACCCCAUCAACAACGGCACUGUCCCUAGCAGCGGCGUUGCUCAGCCCUCUGCCUCUGGCUUUGCCCGUCGUCUCCGCCGAUAAAGGAUUCACCUCCUUGACGGGACCUGCCCUUGUAAAAUUACGGUAAACCCAAAGGUGGGGAAAAACAAUAGGGGAAAGGAGGAUGCUGGUUUUGGAAAACUCGAAGCCAAAAGGGACACACAUGAUGGAAAAAAAAAUCAUAGUCCAAAAAAACCGAAAACGAAUAUAGGUUUCUCUACGCUGUUACAUGAUAGACGUCUGUUUGUCGAUGCAAAACGACAAAAAAUUUUGGAUUCACGUGUGUUUUUUUUUCUCUUUCAUGAGCUGUUUUUCUUUUUGUCUGGCGAGGCUUGGUCGAAAGACAAUCUUGCUGUGUUGUACUGUAUUUGAAACACUCCUUAACAUUCGUGUGUGUAUAUUUGAUAUCGCUCUUUGAGAUGGCUGUCGGUGACGGCUUAUGGGCAACCUCUUUUUUAUCCG